UUCUGAGAUUGAUGAUCUUGUUGCAAUAAUUGAAAAUUUUCAUUUUUCAAACCCUAUGCAAGUUGAGGAGUUUUUAUCUAUUCCUGAUGAGACCCUUGCUUAUAAAGUUCUUGACAAUAAUCAUGUUAUUUCAAAGCUUGUAGAAAUUUUUAAAGUAAGCGAUACUGUAGAAGAUUCAGAUAAUAUAGAUAAAAUAGAUAAUAGCUUAGAGCUUCCUAUAGUUAGUACUGAUUCUGUGUUUAAAGGUUUAGAGACUACUUAUAUGUAUCUACUACAAGAUAAUACAAGCAUGUAG